AUGUUGGAUGCUAGUUUCUUCUUCGUCUUUACCUACGUAUGGCUCCAAGACCCUUGUCUCUGGAAUAUCGGGCUGGCUGUGCUCUCGCAAUACCUAUGUCGGGGUGUGCAAUCCCUACGCAGGCCACACUUACAUACUACAUUUCGCCAUGGUCUUGCGGCGGUCAAGAAUUGCGCAUCAUGGGCUCAAGUCAGGAGGGAGCAGAUCAUACAGCAAUUUGGGCCAAUUGCUAUGUUGACUCAUCCUGACAGAUGGAGGAAACGCAAAGAGAAACUACAAGAGCCCCCGGCACGCCUGGAAAAGACGGAAAGGGGGAGCUGGGUGAACAUCAAUAUGCGAACUCCUGUCGCGGUGGAAACAACCUGA